AUGUACAGGCGGGACGAUUAUCAGUAUGCUGUGGGUUUGGACCACGACGUGAAUAAUCUUGAGGAAAUGCUGUUUCAUAAAGAUCAUCCUGAACUAAUGUUCAUAUCCAUAGUUGGGGAGAGCGGUGUUGGAAAGUCCACACUCGCAUACGUUAUCCGUGAUAACAUGAAGGGAAGGUUUGAUGUAUCAUUGUAUUAUAUUGUGUACAACAAUUUCAACACAGAAAGCCUACUACAAGAGGUCUAUCAAAUAGUACAGGAAGAGAUUUGGGAAGGACGAGGAAUUUCUCGAACGGAGGAAGGAACUGAUAUCGGUGUAAAACUCCACAACCUCCUUGCCAGUAAGACGUUUCUGCUGAUUAUCAAGGGCAUAUCGUCCAAAACCAAGCUCAACUGCUUGAAGGCGUCCCUACCGGACGACAAUAAUGGCAGCCGGGUGGUGCUCAUACAGGACACUGAGAACGAAGAAGUCGCGUGGCAUGCUAAUAGCAUGAACAAAGAGAGCAUGAAUGCAAUCCACAUGUUGAGCCGUUUGGAUACAGAAAGGAGCUGGCAGUUGUUCUGUUUGAGGGUCUUGAGGAAAGAUGUAUCCGAUGAAAAGGAAAAGAUGAGAAAGUACGAUAAAGUUGUGUACGAUAUAACUGGGGGCUACCCGCUGGCUAUAGUGAUUCUGGCAGGUUUACUCCGAUUCAAGGAGCGGCCGGGGCAGUGGGAAGCAGUGUUGCGACAUCUCAGGGCUGGAACAUCGACAGGAUUGGAACAAGGCCAUGAAGGGCCUGCAACAUCACAAGCUGGCCUGUCGACAACAAGCACGAUAGAGAGGGUGUUCUGGGCAAGCUUUGAAGACCUUCCCAACGAGCUCAAGUCAUGCUUGCUCUAUUUUGUCACAUAUCCCAAGAAUACCCAUCCGACUGCCGAUGGGCUGGUGAAGAAGUGGAUGGCCGAGGGAUUCCUCAGGCCACACAAGGGGAAAACAAUGGAGGAGCUGGGUCACGAUUACCUCAAGGAACUGGUUUUGAGAUGCCUUGUUCAGGUUGAAGGUAUGCAUGAGUGUGGUGCCAUUGAAUAUGUUGGAAUUCACCAAAACCUCGUGGAUUUGCUGCAGUCAGAGGCUCAUGAGGCUGGAUUUUUUGAGGUGCAUGACAUAUAUAAUUCCUUUGUGCCACCAUCGGAACAACAUAUCAGUGAUAGCACCUGGUAUAACCUCAAGUUUUUGUGCGGGUCCAAGUUCCUUCGUGUGAUGGAUGUACGUGGAGUGAGGAUCAAGAAGUUGCCCAAGGAGAUUGGUGACCUGAUCCAUUUGCGGUACCUCUGUGUUCACUGCCCGACCCUAGGAUACCUCCCGUCGAGCAUUAAGAGACUAUUCAACCUGCAAACGCUGGACAUAAGGACGACUAGAGUCGACAAGAUUCACCCGUGCUUCUGGAAGAUUAAGACUCUGCGACAUGUGGUUGCAGAAGAGCUCACGCUUCCAAAUGUGCUUGCAGAAGAGCUCGAUGAGUUGCAAACGCUCUUUGGUGUCAAGCCAGCUGAAGAAGGAGAAUGGGAACAAAGUAGCCCGUUGCUCAAGAUGACCAAACUUCGGUUACUGAAGCUCACUGGAUUGGUGCAUACUAAACAUGGAGCUGCACUAGAGAGUGCUCUCCGGAAGAUGAGUUCCCUCCGGCAACUGGGGCUGCAAAGUGAUCAGAUCCCUUCUUGUGUCUUCACCGCACCGAGCCUCCGAUACCUUGAGUUAGUUAAUCUACAGGGCAAUGUGCAAUGGCCCGAGGCCGCACUGAAUCUUGCCGUGGUCCGACCAAACCUUGUUCGGGUCGCUCUGCAAGAUAGCGGAGAGUUGCCUCAACGUAUCAGCGACGAGUUGAAGAGGUACUACUGA